CUGGUGUCGCUUCAGCUAACGCGCUCGUGUGAAACGCGCCUGCUGCCGUGCGCGCCGCUGCAGGCGGAGCUGCGCGUUUUAACGUUAGCCGUUAGCUCUGCGGCUACAGCACGGAGCCCCGCUCUCCUCUGUGGUGUGGCAGAGCUGUCGGUGAUUAGUUUGGAGGUUGACUCAUCACACGCCACACUAUGCUGCGCUGCCUGCCGCGAGGAGGCUGCAGUCCUCUGGUCUGCCUGUGGGUCCUGCUGCUGCCGUCCCUGGUCUCCCUCCAUCGUUUGAACCAACAUGGCCUCAGGGGCCACAGCGUGAGGGACCGGCCCAAGCUGCUGCUCGUGUCCUUCGACGGCUUCCGCUGGGAUUACAUCUACCGGGUCCCGACCCCUAACUUCAAGAUCGUCAUGGAUGAUGGGGUGAUGGUGAAGCAGGUGGAGAGCUCUUACAUCACCAAAACCCUCCCCAACCACUACAGCUUGGUGACGGGGCUGUACGCUGAGACGCACGGCAUCGUGGCCAACGAGAUGUACGAUCCCGUUCUGAACCGGUCCUUCUCCAUGGAGACGGACAGUGUUUAUGAGUCACGGUGGUGGGAGGAGGCGGUGCCUCUCUGGGUGACCAUCCAGAAGGCUGGAGGGCGGAGCGGGGCUGCGAUGUGGCCGGGGUCCGAUGUGAAGAUCCACGGCAUGUUCCCUAAUCAGUACCUCAUGUACAAUGCCUCGGUCUCCUUUGAAACCAGAGUGGAGCGGAUUAUUGAGUGGUUCUCUGCCCCCAAAGAAGAAGCAGUGGAUUUUGGGGUCCUGUACUGGGAGGAGCCGGAUGAGAGCGGGCACAACGUGGGACCACAGAGUCCCCUCAUGGAUGCAGUCAUCACCGGGAUUGACGACAAGCUCGGCUUUCUCAUUAACGAGCUGAAGAAAGCGGGGCUGUAUGAGAAAGUGAACCUGAUAGUGACCAGCGACCACGGGAUGGCGCAGCUUUCUGCUGACAAAAUCGUAGAAUUGGACGAGUAUGUGAGCAGAGACCUGUACACCUGGGUGGAUAAGAGUCCGGUGGUGGGAAUCCUGCCCAAAGAAGGGAAGUUUGACGAGGUGUACAGUCAGCUGCUGGACGCAAACCCGAACAUGAUGGUGUACAAGAAGGAAGACAUCCCCGAGCACUUCCAUUACCAGCACAACGUCAGGAUCAUGCCCAUCCUCGUCGAGGCCAAGGAGGGCUGGACCAUCGUGCAGAACAGGACCGGGCAUUUCAAGUUGGGAAACCACGGCUAUGACAACACCUUACGCAGCAUGCAGCCUGUGUUCGUGGCCCGAGGUCCGGCCUUUCGCCAGCGUUACGUCAAGGACUCCAUGUGCGCCGUUGACCUUUACCCUCUCAUGUGCCACAUCCUGUCCAUCCAACCUCUGCCAAACAACGGCUCCCUCUUUAAUGUUAAGGACCUGCUGUCCCAAGAGCCAACUCCAACCACGCCCAGCACCCCUCCCACGGUCAACGAGUACUCCUACGUCCCCGUCAUAGGUUCUUUCCUCAGUGUGGUGAUGGUGCUGGGCUUUCUGGUGGUCUACAUCAGACAAGUGACGCUCAAACAGAUCCCCUCACUAAAGCACAGAAGCAGGGAGAUGUCACAGCCCUUGCUGCAAGAGGGUUUGCACCUGUAGCUGAAGAUACGGAAAUGAUGGCAAGCAUAAAAGAAGAGGAGGUACUGCUCCCCAAGGUAGUCCGCUUUGUUCAGAAGCAUCCCCUAAACGCCUCCCGACUAAACGCCAUAGCGCUGCUCUUUUUAUUAGUUGGAGAUCGAGGGAAUCUAAUGUAGCCCCUCAAUCAUGCAUAGAGGUAGGCCUUGCUUGCUUAAGUGCAGGGGAAAUGUCUAGGGUGUGCUUCUGAUUCAGGCUCAAUCAAGAUAAUAAACCUUUACAUGGGCUAUAUAGUGGCUUUGCUUUGAUUGUGAAUUUUACCUAAUAUCAUCUCAUCGUCUUCAUUGUCACUUUAAUAAGUAAAAGUUCAAAGGUAAGAGUGGAGUUUUAACCUGUGAUUUGGGCAAGUAUGUAGCUUUGUUGGCCAAAACUAUGACUUGGAUGACAUUAAGGUGUCAGUAUGCUUGAAACAAACUUGUUUGCCUGAAGGUAAAAUGUUUAUAGCUAAACAGCCAAAGUUGAAGGUCGGGUCCAAAGCCGGCCAUCAUAAAGAGGUGCAAGAAGCAGUAAUCGUGUGGAGAACUGUGUACACUCUCAGACAAUCUUUCCUCGGCGGCAUUCAUAGCGUUGCACUCAUUUGCACAUAGGAAAACAGAAGUAAUGAAGUGUGAAGAAGAAUAAAAGCUAGCUUCAGGGAGAAGUUCCCCCCUCCACACGCCUGGCCAGUUGCUUCCUGAAGUGGACGUAAGGUACAAAAUUGUCAGAUACAGCAGCCCCCCGUGACCUCCAACAUCAUUAAGGUGCGGAGGGAGGGGGUUUGAGAUGCUGUUCAAUGAUCCAAAAAGCACUUUGCUUGAAGCAUACUGACGCCUUUACUCCUGACAGUAACAGUGGUAUUAGCGGGCCUCGGCAGGUUCUGCUCGUGGCCUGAGCACAGAGUUAGAAGUUACUUUGAGAUACGAAAGCUGUGAUAAAUCAGACGAGUAUUCGCUCAACGCUCGAGCGGGGCAGUAUUAUUUCUGAAUGUUACUUGGAAGCAGAUGUUCCACUGAGCUCUCGCUCAGUGUGCCAGGCUACCGCUCGUAUGUGUCGAUCAUUCCACGAGCCGAUCACAUCACCACCUCGCUCUCUAGUAGUCAGUUACCAUUUGCCUUUUAACUUAAAGGAGAACAUGUCUCUAAGGUGUGCAGUCGUUUGUGUCAGUCUGUUUCUUUUUUUUUUUGUAGAGUUUGUGUUCGGAGGGCAUUUCUCUUGUAUAGAUGACCGUGUCCGGCCCUCCCGUUCAUACGUUGACUGUCAUAAUCAUGGCCAUCUGUUGGUGAAAUGUGAAGUGCAAUUGCUAUUGGUCAGUAUUUCGUCAUAGGGAUUUUAAGGGUUUUGUUGUUGCUUGGUGGAGAAGACUAUAUCGGCAUGACUUGCAAGAACUGUUCCCCUGAUUUGCACUACAGGAUAGAAACAAAACCGAACGAAGGGGCAGUAGCUGGACGCUUUUUAGGUCAUGUAUAAUUUGCACUUGUUGGUCGUAGUUGCUAUUUGAAAUGAUAAAACAAAACUUAGGGUGCCUCUUGCCAAAAAGCUUUUUAAUUAGCACAAUCAUAGAAAGUCAAGUAGAAUCCAAAUCUGCAAAUAAAUAAUAGUAAUAUUUUUUCAGCAUCAUUUAAGAAAAGAGUUGGUUCAAUUUUCUCCUUCUGCUUUUAGAUGCACUGACUAAUACCUGUGCCCAAAAAUGACAGACAUCACUGUGACGUAUACUUUUUACAAAAUUGAAAUUCAUAAAUUGAGAGCAUUUAUAUGGAAAUCAUUAAUUUUCUGAUAAUUGUCUAAUUUUAUGAAAAAGGAGUGUUGUCUGAUAAUUUUCCCCUGACUUCUUGAUGGAUAAAUAUAGAAAUAUAUCCACAGUAUAUUUAAAGGAUUCAUUUGGAAUUAAAGGUAAAGAAUAAAUAGAUCAGGUUUAUCUCAGUUGAUUAUUAAGUUGGAUUUGAAAUAUGGAUAUUUAAUAUGAUUUACAAAAUAACUAUCUUUGCCAUGUUGAUGCAAUUAGUCUUCUGAAAUUAAAGGGACUUCUGUGAAACUAAGCAAUGUGUAUUUUAUUUCUCUUUCUCUCUCUGUGUUUGUGUUUGUGUAUGAUGACAGAGCCUUUACAUAUUUUCUUUCUUUCCCAUUUCCCUGCACGGACGCCUACAAGACCGCGGCCAAACAGUAGAAGAGAUCUGAUUCUGGAGGCUGAUAAAAUAGAUAGAAAUAAAAUAAGUAAGGAUUAAAAGUGCUUAGCACUUGAGGACCAUAUGGAAGUUAUUGGGGUGGAGAGGGGAGCCAAGUUUUUUUUAAAAAAGCAAGGCCCUCCACAAAAAAUUUCUAUGGAUAAUCCAUCGACUUAGGGGGAAAAAAUGCAACCCUGCUCCCAAAAUCUCCAGAAAAUAUACCUGAAUUGGCACAAUUAAUUUCACUGUUAAUAACAGAAAAAAGCAAAGCAGAAAGAAUCAUAAGAUGUUGUACCCCAACUUAAUCCUUGAUGUAAGACUAGCAUGAUAAUGAGCACUUAAGAGGUGUUGAAUAGAAGUGUCCUUUGACUGUUGAAUAAACAGUUAUUAAUGUCAGUGAGUGAAUGAAUGUCCCUCCCUCAUUUCUGACUUUCUUCCCUUCUAAUAAUUUUCGGACACUCCCUUAGAAAUUUUACUUUUCCCAGCGUUUAAUAUGUAAAAGUUGGUUUGCUGGUAAAAGUUGUACCAUCAAACAAACCUCGUGAUGAUGUAAAGAAUAAGUUAUAUAAACGUAUUAUAAACGUGUUUUACAGUGUGAGUGAAAUUAACAAUAUGUUCAAAUGACA